AUGACCUACCAAAUGUCUUUCGCGGUCAUGGUUCACAUGGGCUUCCGCACGCACGAUGGCACCCCUUUGUCCAAGCUUCCGUACUUUGUCCAGCGCUUCGAGGCAUAUGCUAUUCAGCGUGCGAUGGGGCAGAAUUUGUACGAGUAUGCAUUCCCUUCAACAUUCCUGGUGCCAUUUGUCUGUGAGCCUCUCGUGACGAUUUAUGGCCUACUGCGUGUUGGCAUCUUGCUGGUGCGCUCCCAUCCCGAGAUGAGCCCCAUGCUUGCCACACAGUUGCUUUCAGCCAACGACUUCGAAUUCGGCCGCUAUGCCGAUUCGCUCCUGAACAUUUCUCUCGCCGUGAUGAUGUUCUUCUUCCCAGGCGGCUACACGCACUGGAUCUUCUUGAUGCUAAGCGUCUGCCAGGCAGAAGUGGAUCAUGUAAAGCUCACCAUCUUUCCGAAGCAGAAGGGCUGCGACUUCCAGGGGAGCGGGGUCGCACAGUGGCGGAGGUGCUACAUCCCUUCCUGGAGGGUUGGCGAAGGAAUCCCAGGCGGCGCGAGGUUCUGCACGGCCCUUCUCAGCCGGCUUGCUAAGCAGAGGCAAGCGGACCUUGCGCAACAGGUACUUGGCACGAUGCGAAGCAGUGAUGUGAAGCUGAACGUGUACCACUGCAGCUCAGUGAUCAGUGCCCUGGAGAAGGUCCAUGAUUGGCAGGCUGCUUUGCAGUUGCUCGCCAAUAUGGUUGACUGGCAUGUCCCACCGAACACCUUGAGUUACAACGCAUCGAUCAGUGCUUGCGAGAAGUGUGCGCAAUGGCAGCACGCAUUGUGGCUGCUGCAGAGCAUGCGGGCUGUUCAGGCAGAAGCGGAUGUCAUCAGCUACAACUCGUGCAUGAGCGCCUGUGGGAAGGCUGCUCGUUGGCGGGAUGCUGUGAACUUGUUGGAGGAGCUCGUUCAGAGGGAUGCCCCCGACGUCAUCAGUUUCAACGCUGCGAUCACUGCCUGUGAGAAGAGUGGCCAGUGGAUGCGGGCACUUACGCUGUUGCGCGCCAUGCCGCCGAAUCAGCCAAAUGUCACAACAUACAAUGCCUCGAUCAGUGCAUGCGAGAAAGGUAGUUGUGCCGAGCAUGCCUAUCGCCUCCUGGAUGAGAUGAUGGAUCUGUCUCUGCCACCGGACGUGAUCUCAUACAGUGCUGUCGUCAGUGCCUGUGAGAAGGACUGGCGCUGGCAAGAUGCGCUACAGGUGUUGACCGUCAUGGGUAUUCAGCAGAUUUUGCCCAACCUGAUCACCUUCAACGCCGCAAUAAGUAGCUGUGCCAAAGCCGGCCACUGGCUCGUUGCUUUGGAUCUGUUUGCGGGCAUGGCAGAAGCAGCGCUUCUGGCCGAUGUGAUCAGCUAUAACUCUCUAAUCAACGGCUUUUCCAUCGUGUCAAACUGGCAAUGCGCGCUGAAUUCACUGGACUGUAUGGAUCACCAGCGCCUCGCACCGACAGCGAUCACCGUAAAUGCGGCCAUGAGUGCCUGUGACAUGGCCGGCCAUGCAGCGCUGUCCAUCCGCAUGUACGAAAGCUGGUUUCAGGCAGUCGCUCCGAACGAGAUCUCUUACGCCGUGGCCACCAAGGCUUACGAGACCCUGGGCGAUUGGCCCAAGGCCACUGGAGUACUGACAGCUAUGAGGCAGUGCAAGAUUGAACCGAGCAUUGUCUGCUAUGGUAGUGUCCUGCAAGCUUGUGCAACAGCAGCAGAGCAACUGCAAACGCGUGACCUCCUGGGGGAUCUGUCAGGCCUAGCUGUGCAGCUCUGUAACAGAAUCGAGCGGGAAAAGGGAGCGUCGUUUGCCGUUCCAGCAGAAGCCUUGAUGUCUCACGUUCAUGUGGACCUGAAAGAGGCUUACAUCUACUUGCUGGACCAUUGGCGCAUUCUGCGGGUAGUACCAGCCGCCACCUUCGCAUCCAUGCAGGUAGAUUGGUGGUGCCAGGCAAUGUUGGCACCGAGCUGUGGGUUGCUUGCGGCCUGCCUCGUCUUCAAGGGCAACUGCCAGGGUGUCGGGUACUGCAUGGAAGCGCAGCACCUGAUCCUCACUUGCGUAGCGGCUGGUGUGCUUCACACGGUCGUUCAUGUUCUUUUGCUGCUCUUCUUGGUUCCACGCUUGGCCAGUUCAAGUGCGCCGGUGAAGGCAGCCCUCCGGCCAUGCCGCUUUGAAGAUGUCGCGGCUGAGGAACCAUGCACCUGGUUCUCUGCAAACCCGGUCCAUUGCCUCCGCUCCAAGUGCAUGAACGGCCACUCGCCGUGCAGCUUCUUCGUCCCCGGGCAGGAGCAGAUGGUCUUUUCCAAGGCCAAGUCCGCCAAGGCCGAGGAUGCCAGCAGCUUUGAGAUGCAGAUCCCUGACCUCCCUCGCCUCCAAGGACUUCGAGAGAUGUUUCCUCAGUGCCUUUCUCGGAUUGUGUUCAGAAGCUGA